AUGAAGACAGCCAACUUUACGGUGGUAAGAGAGUUUGUUUUCCAAGGCUUCUCCAGUUUCCAGGAGCACCAGCUCACCCUCUUUGUUGUCUUCCUUGCACUGUACUUAUUCACCCUGGCGGGCAAUGUCAUCAUUGUGACCAUCAUCCGUCUGGAUCGCCGCCUCCACACGCCCAUGUACUUCUUCCUCAGCGUGCUCUCCACAUCCGAGACAUUCUACUCUUUGGUCAUCAUCCCCCGCAUGCUGUGCAGCCUGGUGGGCCUGAGCCAGACCAUCUCCCUGGAGGGCUGUGGAACUCAGCUCUUCUUCUUCCUGGGUUUCGCCAUCACCAACUGCCUCCUACUGGCAGUGAUGGGGUAUGACCGCUACAUGGCCAUCUGCAAGCCACUCCGAUACUCAGUCAUCAUGAAUUGGAGGGUCUGUGGCCUGCUGGCCUCCUCAGUCUGUGCCAGCUUCAGCAUGGGCCUCACCAUGUCUAUAAUACAUGUUAAUGCCCCAAAUUCCUCAAUGAAGACAGACAACUACUCAGAAGUGACAGAGUUUGUUUUUCAGGGCUUCUCCACCUUCCAGGAGCACCAGAUCACCCUCUUUGUGGUCUUUCUUGCACUGUACACAUUAACCCUGGCAGGCAAUGUCAUUAUUGUGACCAUCAUCAGCCUGGACCGCCACCUCCACACACCCAUGUACUUCUUCCUCAGUGUAUUGUCAGCAUCAGAGACCAUUUACAGCUUGGUCAUUGUCCCCCGUAUGCUCUCCAGCCUGGUAGGUCUGGGUCAGCCCAUCUCCCUGGGUGCCUGUGCCACCCAGAUGUUCUUUUUUGUAACUUUCGGCAUCAACAACUGCUUCCUGCUCACAGCCAUGGGCUAUGACCGUUAUGUGGCCAUCUGUAAUCCCCUGCGCUACUCCCUCAUCAUGGGGAGGAGGGCAUGUGUCCAGUUGAUGGGAGGAGCCUGGGGCAUUGGACUGAUUGUAGCCAUGACACAAGUGACCUCUGUGUUCAGAUUGCCCUUUUGUGCCACCAUGGUGGCUCACUUCUUCUGCGACAUCCGCCCAGUAAUGAAGUUGUCCUGCAUUGACACCAGGGCCAAUGAGAUCCUGACUCUGAUCAUCAGUGUGCUGGUGCUCGUGGUGCCCAUGGGCCUGGUCUUCAUCUCCUAUGUCCUCAUCAUCUCCUCCAUCCUCAGGAUUGCCUCAGCCGAGGGCAGGAAGAAGGCCUUUGCCACCUGUGCCUCCCAUUUGACGGUGGUCAUCAUCCACUAUGGCUGCGCCUCCAUUGCCUACCUCAAGCCCAAGUCAGAGAACAGCAGGGACGAAGACCAGCUGAUUUCAGUGACCUACACUGUCAUCACACCCCUGCUCAACCCUGUUGUGUACACCCUGAGGAACAAAGAGGUCCAGGACUCCCUGCGAAGGGUGAUAGGCAGGAAGCCCCUUUCCUAA